UACAACUAAUGCAACUUUUGUUGAGUAACUGAUACAAAAUGCCAUUGUGACUCUACUAGAUAAUGUGUUAAAGUAUGUGAAUUUAACAUUUCAGUAGCUCAGCAUUUUCAGCUCUACAUUUCAGAGCACCAAGACUGAACAUGUUCCUGGUCAAUAAGUCGUACAGACCAUUGGCUAUGUCUUGUUUGUCGAUGGCUCAUCCACAUCCACAAGCAAACAGACGGCAUGGAACCUACCAUGACAACUUAAAAAUAGCACUGGCUUGUUGUGUAAAUGGAAUUCUCGUCAAUAGAUUGUAUGGCAAGUAAUGAGUUACAGUAUAUUCAUAAACUAAACUAUAUUUCCCUGUCUUUACCUAUUUGAGAUCGACAAGAGGUACUUUUUGUUGUGUCAUGGCUAGAAAUGAACUCCCUAUACUCUUUCUGUUGUCUGAACUAAAUUAGCUCUCUGUGACAAACAAAUCGCCUUAUCUAACCGACAACCACAUUCCUCCACAGCUCCUCUGGAGAGACGUGAAAAACCAGAACUUCACUGACGUCACUCGCCAUCUGACUCCAGCCAUCACAGCUACAACUACCACAGCACGUCCGCCUGCCUCUGUCCACCAUGAGUGACGACAGGGAAAGACAGGGUGCCGAUGGAGGCUGCGGGGCCAAACAGCCGCCCAAUGUCAAACCCAAACCUGACAGCAAAGAACGAGCAAAGAGAGAAAUCCACCAAGGUGCGUAGGUCCAUGAGCACUGACUCCGAGAGAGGAGGGGGAUCUGGGAGAAGGAAUGAGAGAAAGAGAGACAGGUCGAGGAGGGAGCGUGGUAGGAGUGAGGAGAACAAGAGACAAGACAGGGAUGGAGAUGACAGCAACCAGAAGGAGUCUGACCCCCACGUAAACGACAUGGAGGACACUGAGUGCGUGGUGUGCUUCUGCAAAUACGACAACGUCUUUAAAACCCCCAAGCUGCUCUCCUGCGGGCACACUUUCUGUCUGGAGUGCCUGGCCCGGAUCAAUGUGACCUCCUCAGAGCUCAAGUCUCUUUCCUGCCCUGUGUGUCGAGAGCUCACCAACCUGCCCCACGGCCGCAACCUGCCCCAGCUGGGCAACAACCAGGACAUCUUCCGCAAACUCCCUCCAGAGAUGCAGAGGGCGCUGUCCGUGCGCUUCAAGCGCAGCAAGGGCAAGCUGGUCGUCAAGAAGCCCCCUCCUGGUACUACUAGCCUGGCCAAGUCCAGCCUCACCUUGCCCACUCUCAAGAAGCAGGACCAGCAGGCCUCCAGUGACCUCCAGCUGGGCACCAUGGAUCAGGGCCUCGCCAAUGUCGUGGACGUGGGUCGCCCCCCUAGCAGGGUCAGAGGUCGCCUGCGCAGGAUGUUCCGCUCGGACCGGUGCUACUACAUUGUGAUGGCGUCCAUCAUCACCAUCACCGUGGCGCUGAUGCUGAUGGGCAUCCUGGCCUUCGUGGUCAUGCCCAACGUGGUCCUCAACGGCAACAAACCGCAGCAAGGGGAAUUCCAACCAACCACCGCCCAGUCAACCCUGAGGAAAAGAGGGGAUGGUGGUGGGAUGAAAGGAACAGAGAAGGAGAGAAUCACUCAGAUGUUUUGAGAGGACAGUGAUUGUCAGUGAUCCAAAUAUCUGUCAUUUCAUUUUCUUCACUGAUACUCGGUUACGAAGAAAAUAUGAAUGAACUGAAAAGAAAGGUGAACCUGAAAGCACUAGAGCACACUCAACUGGGGUCAAUACAUAACAUGCUGUGACAAACUGAUUAAUGAGGAAAUAAAGGACCAUGUUGUUUAUGAAUGACUGAUGCACAAGAAAUACUCAUGGGAAAAGUGAAGCAAGAGUUAUUUUUUAUCCACCAUUUUGUCUUCCUUCCUGCAGUAUACACAACAUGAACAUGGAACAUUUACCCUAAAUGUGAACGGGACAGCUAUUGCAGUGAAGUUAGAGAGGACAAUUAACAUUGUCUGGGGAAAUGUAAUUCAUUAUAAAGUCGUGGACCAUCUAUUUGCACUGAAGUCUGCCUUGGAGAAUUAUUACAAGUUAGAGAUUAUUUGAUUACACUGAGCAUUCUCUUAUUCUUUACAUUGCAAAGUAAAAAUGUUCCGCUGAAGAUUUUUGUUUUACAUUCAUAAAUGUCUAACUAAUGAAUAUUUACAUAAACAAUAUGAAUAUUCAUAUAGAGUUCAUUAAGAAUGAUACAUUUGUUAAAAAAAUAAA